UUACUGAAACAGUUGUAGCUGAAAACACACGGCAAGAAGCUGGUAGUGGAGAAAGGAUCAGAUGUUCAGGUUCCUGUGAAGGAAUGAUGAAAAUGCCGAGAUGCACAAUGAUCCCCACUGACCAUGUGACCCAAUAAUAGCCGCAGCUUGUCAUGCUAUCAAAUGUAAAGUUGAGCAAAUCCCAGACAAAUUCUGACUGGAGUGCGUUGGUGACAGAGACCCAGCUUUCAUCUGGAGGCUGCUAGAUAUCCUGCCUGUAACGCCUUGGGACUGAAAGCGAUGGGUUUUCCAGGUCACACACUGGCCUUCUCCUUGCUUGUGGUGCUUCUGCUUUUACUGACCUGCAAAUCUCUUUGUUCACUAGUAAAAGUCAAUAAAGGUUUAAAGGUGAAACGAGGUCAGUCAAUCUACCUUCAGGAAGAGGAUCUGCAGUUCCAUGUUCCUGCUCAGAAGGAUGUAUGCAAGGUGGAAGUAGUAUUAAAUGAGCCCAUAACUCAAAGAGUGGGAAAACUUGUGCCACAGGUGUUUGACUGCCAUUAUCUGUCUGAUGAAGUAAAGUAUGUCCAUAAUGGCUGUCCCUUGUUAAAGGAAGAUACCAUCAAGCUUCGCCUGUAUAGCUUCACAGAGACAAACACAUACAUGGAGUCGUUUACCCUCCUUGUGGACAUCAUAGCGCCUGAAUGCAACAUCAUUAACAUGGGUCCCAAAUUCCUUCAGGUCUCUGAAUUGUAUGGUAUCUCCAAUGCUAUUGACGGCAAUGUGGUCUCCUUCCAUUAUGAAAGAAAACCUAGUCUGGAAUGCAAUAUCCACCUCAGACCCCAGGAAGCCCACCUUCCUGCCCACGGCAAACUCGUCACUGGAGUCCCAGAGAGAGCCACCAAGAGAGGCGACGAGCCAGAAAGUUUCAUCUACCUACGUCAGCAACUAGAUAAUAAAGCCAGAGCAAUGUGUGCAUCUGAAGAUUGCCUUAAGGGCCUAAAGCUAGUGACAGUCAAUAAAGUUUCAUGUGAUGACUUCCUCCUGAUGGGCAUAAAGUACCAACACAUAGAUCCACCCUCUCCAGAUGUCGAUUACAUUGCAAUCAGGCUGGACCUCAAGGACACCAGGAGUGGCAGCAUAUAUCAGUCUGAGCAGGGCUGGAUUCCAGUCAGGAUAGCUGGAGGAAUGCCCAACCAGCCUCCCAAACCAUCUUUCAUGUCCAUGUUUAUCUUGGAGGUCGACCAGUUUAUUCUCACUCCCCUUUCCAUUGCAACACUGGAUGCUGAAGACGAGGAAACUCCAAAACAACUUCUGGUUUUUAACAUCACUAAACACCCUGAGGAAGGCUUUAUCACCCAUCUAUCUGAUCACACUCGUCCAGUCUCCUCCUUUACAUGGCUUGAUCUAAAUGACAUGCUUAUAGCAUAUCAACCCCCAAAUUCUUCACAUACCCAACGAAGGAAUUAUGAGGUGGAAAUUGAAGUUUAUGAUUUCUUCUUUGUGAAUAGCUCACCAGUAACUAUCCACACAUCUGUAAGGAAUGCAGAAACAAAUGCGCCAAGAGUGUCUUGGAAUAUGGGUCUUACUCUGCUGGAGGGUCAGUCUCGUCCUAUAAUGUGGGACCAAUUGCAAAUCGUGGAUAAUGACAACCUGAAUAUUGUUCGUGUCGUCAUUGUCGAUGGUCUCCAGCAUGGACACCUAACUGUAAGAGGAGGAAAGGGCUUCAUGUUUACUAUCAAUGACAUAAGAGCAGGUGUUGUCUGUUAUCACCAUGACGACAGUGACUCCACAAAGGACUUCAUCAUUUUCCGAAUCACCGAUGGCCACCAUCAGACCCGACAUAAGUUCCCCAUUAAGAUUCUUCCCAAAGAUGACAGCCCUCCUUUCCUCAUAACCAACAUGCUGGUCGAGGUCUCAGAGGGCCAGACGACCCUGCUCAGAGGUUCCACUCUCAAGGCUUCAGACAUGGACUCCAGUGAUGACAAUAUCCUCUUUAACAUUACUCGUCUCCCACAGGCAGGAGAGGUCAUGAAAAUCCCAGGACCAGGGUUGUCAGGCUACCCUGUCAGCCACUUCCUCCAGAAGGAUCUUUCACAGUCCAUUAUGUACUACAGACACCUUGGGAACGAGGUGACUGAUGACUCAUUCGAGGUUGUGCUGUCUGAUUUCCACGAUCCUCCUAACUUUUCAGAACCUCAAGUGAUAGUGGUGCACAUAGAAUCAGUUCCAGACCAACCACUGAAGGAGGUUCCUGGUUCCACUCGAUAUCUUGUGAUCAAAGAAACACAAGUGGCCCAUAUAACACGGCAACAGCUUCACUUUGUAGACCAAGAAUCACCAGACAGUGAGCUGACAUACACAGUAACAACUCCACCCUUCUACCCUGAUCAUUACAGUAGUCCAGAUGCAGGGAGGUUAUUCCUGGUCGACAGCGUACCCAAAUUUACUAAAGACUCCAACACACCAGUUCUCAGACUCUUCACACAACAUGCAGUGAACUUCAUGAAAGUGGCUUACAUGCCUCCCAUCAUGGACAUUGGCCCUUAUCCACGGCAUAUCCAGUUUAUUCUAUCUUUGACAAACCAUCUGGGCAAAACAGUAACUGGGCUCUGUUUUAAUAUUACUGUAGUGCCAGUGGACAAUCAGCCACCACAGGUUGUUACCAAACCUUUGACUGUGGAUGAGGGAGGGGAACACUUCUUGGGCCCAGAACACUUGCAGCUCUCAGACAUUGACUCUGUACCAGAAGCCUUGCAUCUGGAGCUUCAAAGGGAACCAAAAAGGGGGCUUCUUUACCUUGGUGGUCAUCCACUUACACUAGGACAGAACUUUACUCUGCAAGACCUGAUGAGGCGUAAAGUUAGGUCAGACAUCCUGCUUGAUUCCAACAUUCAAUUUAUUUGAAAUUGUGUAGGAGGUACUCAUCAAGAUAGCCGGGUCAUUGCUCUUCCACAGAGUUUUGCUCUAUUCUCAUCUCCUUCAGUACUGGGAUUUCUCCCAUUGAGCUAAAUUUCUCCAGUUGCAUUUUAACUGGGCCAACCAGCACAUAGAAAUGUUGUGAAUGAUGACAUUCAUUAGGCAUGAAAAGACAUUUAUACCGGCUACUACAACAGAAAACCUCCGGCAUAAUAAUGGCAGGGUAAAUAUAUGAUCUUCAGUUU